AUGGCCAACACCUCGUUGAGACCAGACAAGGACUUCACCAAGGAGGUUGACCAGCAGAUUCCCCAGGCCGAACUGCUUGCCAAGACCAACCUACAAGGUGCCAUCGAGCAGCUUGGCCUCCUGGAGAAGCAGACACGUCAGGCCUCCGAUCUUGCGUCUACAUCCCGCCUUCUUAUUGCCAUCGUAACACUCUGCAAGACCGCUGGCGACUGGGAUCUCCUCACAGACCAGGUCACCAUCCUCUCCAAGAAACAUGGCCAGCUCAAGCAGGCGACCCAGAAGAUGGUGCAGUCUGUCAUCGACUUCCUGGGUGACAUCUCUAGCAUCGACAGGAAAGUUCAGGUCAUAGAGACCUUGCGCACAGUCACCGAGGGCAAGAUCUUUGUCGAGGUCGAGCGAGCCCGUGUUACCAAGAUCCUGUCCGACCUGAAGAAGGACCACUACGGCGAUGUCAAGGCCGCCCGCGACAUUCUGUGUGAGCUGCAGGUGGAGACAUUCGGGUCUAUGGACCGCAAGGAGAAGACGGAGUUCAUCCUCGACCAGGUUGCCCUCUGCAUACAGACACAAGACUGGACCCAGGCAGGCAUCCUCAGUAGAAAGAUCAGCACCAAGUACCUGCAGAGUGCCGGCGACGCCACACCCUUGAAACUGCGAUACUACGAGCAACAGGUCCUCCUGGCCAAGAGCGAAGACAGAUACCUGGAUGCGUGCAAGCACUACCGAGAGGUUCUCGACAUCCCCUCUGUACAGGAAGACCAGACUCUCUUCAAAGCGACCCUCGCACGCAUCAUCUACUUUGCAGUCCUGGCUCCUCACGACAAUGAGCAGCAUGACCUGAUGCACCGCAUCAAGGCGGACGCGCGCAACUCUCAGGUGCCCCUAGAGGCCAAGCUCCUGGAGGAAUUCACAGUGCAGGAACUGAUGCGGUGGCCCAACGUCGAGCAGAUCUAUGGGCCACACCUUUGCCAGACCGACAUCUUUGAUGCCCAGCUCGGUGCUUCUGGGGACCCCAAGGCCAACCAGCGCUGGCAGGACCUGCGCAAGCGGGUCAUCGAGCACAAUGUGCGCGUGAUCGCCAAGUAUUACACCCGCAUCCGGAUGGACCGCCUCACACAGCACCUGGACCUCAGCGAGGACGAGACAGAGAAGUACAUCAGCGAGCUCGUGACGUCUAAGAUGGUCCAUGCCCGCAUCGACCGUCCCGCCCGUGUCGUGAGCUUUGCCAAGCCAAGGAGCGUCGACGACGUCCUAAACGAGUGGAGCUACAAUAUGAAGGACCUGCUCAACCACCUGGGCAAGAUUGAGCACCUCAUUACGAAGGACGAGAUGAUGGCCAGCAUACAGCCGUCGGGAAAGAAGGCUGCUCAGAACAAGGCUUAAGGAGAGGAUCUGUCAGAUGACCUGGGGCUUUGUGUGUGUGGGUUGGUGGGUUAUGAAUUGGACCAGAUGUUAGGCGUUCGGAUAGACCUGGGAGCAUUUUCUAUAGUCUCAGGGGCGGAACUGGCAAUUACGAGCAACAUGGCAUUAUCAUAAUGACAUAAUGGUUUGACCUUGUAGUAAGAAGUAUUACCGUCUGUAAGGGAAAAAGUACUUGCUUCUA